UUCUGCAUCUUUGCACCGCGCACAUUGGUUGGAGGAAAUGUGGCGACGAGUCGGGGCGAAGGUGGCUGUUGGGGCAGCGCUUCUCAGUGGGGCAGCCGUGAGCGCAACCAUCUCCACCUCCGACGAACUCUCCACUGCCUUCAAGAUAUGCACCCUCGUUCCCAUACGCGUCCUGCGCGAUUCGGUCACAGCCGCCACCAUUGCCUUCGAUGUUAGGUUGAUGCAAAGGAUCACACGUGACUAUGGAUAUUCUUUGCGGGGGCUUAAGGAGGGAAGUCUUGAGUGGUCUAAAGCCAAGCAUGAAGUGCAUAAUAGAUGCGCACUUAGGCUGCAAGAAUUGUGCUUUCGCAAUGGAGGAAUUUACAUUAAGCUCGGUCAACAUAUUGGUCAAUUGGAGUAUGUUGUUCCUCAAGAAUAUGUACAUAUUAUGAGAACCUCCAUGUUGAAAAGGUGCCCAUUUUCCUCAUAUGAUCAAGUGCGUAAAGUCUUAAUCAAAGAGCUUGGAGGACUGCCUGAAGAAAUAUUUGAGGAGUUUGAUCCUGUUCCUUUGGCAAGUGCGUCUAUUGCACAAGUUCAUGUUGCUCGAACCUGUGAUGGAAAAAAAGUUGCUGUAAAGGUUCAGCACACUCAUCUUACCGACACUGCUACUGCAGAUAUUGCCACCGUGACAUUGAUAGUGAAUGCCUUGAAUUGGUGUUUCCCUGAAUUUGAUUAUAGGUGGUUGGUUGAUGAAAUACGCGAAAGCUCACCUAAGGAAUUGGAUUUCUUGUUUGAGGCCAGGAAUAGUGAAAAAUGCUUGGAGAACUUUAAGCGGUUAUCUCCUCAUAUUGCUGACUAUAUAUAUUCCCCAAAGGUGUAUUGGAAUCUGAGCACAUCCAAAGUUCUGACUAUGGAAUAUAUGGAUGCAGCGGAAAUAACUGACUUAAUUACCAUUCAGAAACUUGGGAUUCAACUUUCUGAUGUUUCCAAACUAGUUAGCCAAGCUUUUGCAGAAAUGAUAUUUAGGCAUGGAUUUGUGCACUGUGAUCCACAUGCUGCUAACAUGAUGGUCCGCCCUUUGCCAUUUGGUAGAAGAAAUCUUUUUGGAAAGAAAAAACCGCAGUUAAUAUUGCUUGAUCAUGGUCUAUACAAAAAUCUUGAUUUUGCUACUAGAGUAAAUUAUGCUUCACUUUGGAAGGCACUAAUUUUUGCUGAUGUUAAUGGGAUCAAGGAGAAUAGUGUUAAGUUGGGUGCGGGUGAGGAUCUCUAUGUUCUAUUUGCCGGAGUUCUUACUAUGAGACCGUGGAACAGGGUAAUUGAUCGAUCUGUAGACCAUUUAGUGCUAGAUGGAAAUGACAGUGAGCGCUCUGAACUUCAGAUGUAUGCCUCGCAAUAUUUUACUCAGAUCUCAGAGCUUUUAAGAAGAUUACCACGUGUAAUCUUGUUAAUGCUCAAAACAAAUGACUGUUUGAGAGCUGUAAAUCACGCUUUGCUGCAGGGAUCAUCUCUUGAUGCUUACUUUAUCAUGGGAGAAGUCUCUUCUAAAGCAGUGUUAGAGGCAAAGAUCCUAUCACAGAACUGCUCCUUUUUGUCACGCUUGAGCAUAUGGUUUGAGCAGAUACUGCUGGAAGCUCGGUUAUUCAGCAUGAGGAUUGCAUUUUGGUUUUUACAGUCCAAAAGACGUUUAAGUUGACAAAAGAAGAAAAAGGGAAAUUGUGUGAUUAAUUAAAACGAGGAAAACCAUGAUUCCUUUUUGGAAAAUGUUUGUUGAAGAGAUGCACAGACUGCCAUCAUCUUCAGGUUGGUUACAGCUGGUAUAAUUUCAAAGGAAUUAGUGCUUUUGUUACCCUUAGCGUGCACUAUUGGUAGGAAAUAAUAAAAACUGUCAUAUAUUCUAGUCUUUUAACGAUAUUUAUGCAGUCACAAGUUCCUCGUGGGAUUUUUGUGUCCCAGCGAUAUUAUUCUCUUGAUUCAUUCAUUGUAUAAACUAAU